AUUUUUGACCGGUUACUGCCAGUAAAAAAAAAAAACAAUUAUUUAUAAAUGACUUAAGAGUUAAGCCCUUCAGUGCUUUCUCUCUCACACACAAACGCACACCUCCAACGCACAGAAUCUCACUGUCCUUACUUUAUCUCUCUUAAAUUCUGUGUUUCGAUAGUCAUGGAAGCAGGCGUAGGCGGCGGAGGAGGAGGAGGUAUUGUAUCAGCGGCGGCCGCAUCGCCGCCGCCGUUUUUGAGCAAGACAUACGAUAUGGUCGAUGAUCCGGCCACAGAUGCGGUGGUUUCGUGGAGCAAGGGCAACAACAGCUUCGUCGUCUGGAACGUGCCCGAAUUUUCCAGAGAUCUCUUGCCCAAAUAUUUCAAGCACAACAAUUUCUCCAGCUUCGUUCGUCAGUUGAAUACUUAUGGCUUCAGGAAAGUUGAUCCAGACCAUUGGGAGUUUGCGAACGAGGGUUUUUUGAGAGGUCACAAACAUUUAUUGAAGAACAUAAACAGGCGCAAACCCUCGCACGCACAAAUCCAACAACAACAACAACCUGCCAAAACUCAGAAUUCAUCCGUUGGUUCUUGCAUUGAAGUUGGCAGCUCUGGGAUAGAUGGAGAAGUCGAAAGCUUGAAAAGAGACAAGAAUAAUCUUAUGCAGGAGCUUGUCAGGUUAAGACAACAGCAACAGUCAACCGACAAUCAAUUGCAGACCGUUGGUCAACGUGUUCAUGUCAUGGAGCAGCGCCAACAACAAAUGAUGUCAUUCCUCGCAAAAGCAAUGCAGAGCCCUGGUUUUAUGUCACAGCUCGUACAUCAGCAAAACGACAGUAACAGACAAAUAUCCGGUGGGAACAAGAAAAGGAGGUUACCCAAUCAGGACGAAGAAAAUAUAUCUCGCAAGUAUAGUAUUACAUCACCCGAUGGUCAAAUUAUCCAAUACAAGCCUCUGAUGAAUGAAGCUGCGAAAUCAAUGCUGAGACAAAUCUUGAACAUGAACACUUCGAGUAGGUCCGACUCUAAGUUGAGCAACACUAGUGGUUUCUUGAUUGAUCAAUUGCAUCCUCCUUCCGAUGUGUUAGAUACUGGUAGUUCAUCGAACAGAAUGUCUGGUUUGACUCUAUCGGAGGUUUUACCCAAUUCAGCUGCCAUAAGUGAGAUCCAAUCUUCCUCCGGUUUGGCGGUGCAUGGUAAUUCCCACGAUACUCUGUUUCCGGAAGUGAACUCAGGAUUGACUGACUUUGUUCUGCCACACGGGAUUGCUCCAGAAAAUAACAUGGACCUUUGUGACGGGACGUUUAAGGGAGCAGAGUCUAUAGGCUUAGAUGAACCUUUGCGAGAUUAUGACAUUGAUAUCUUGCUUGAUGAUAUACAGAAGCUGCCAAGUAUAAAUGAUGUUUUCUGGGAACAGUUUCUUUCGAGCACCGAUGAUAACACAGACAAGAUAAAUGGUAGUAGUGAAGAUGAACAGAAGGAGCAAGAAAGUGAGUGGGAUAAACUGAAGAAUUUGAAUAGUCUUACUGAACAUAUGGGGCUUCUUGCAUCAGCAUCAGAGAGUGGUUGACUGUAUGUUAUUAGCAUCAUGGGAUUACAGAGCCACUUUGCAGAGGUUUAAUAAAUUCAGUCUCGGUUUACCAGAUACAUUUGACCUUUAUUCAUUACCGAUACACGCCUGAUGUAUCAAUAAUACGUUACAUGAGUACGGUAAUGAAAAAGGUUUCAUAGUGUAUGUAAAUAACUGAACAACAUAUAUACGCGGGUUUCCGUUUUUCUAAAUAUAUAUUUUGUUUUUCCA